AUGAAUUGUACAAUAUUCGAAACUAAGCACAAAAAACAAAUAUUCAUACUAACCGGACAAAGUAACAUGGCUGGACGAGGAGGGGUCGUUGACAAAGUUUGGGAUAGCUAUGUACCACCGGAAUGUCGUCGGAAUCCGGCCAUCCUCCGGCUAAACGGAAACUCAAUAUGGGAAGUAGCCCAAGAGCCUCUACAUUAUGACAUUGACUUGAACAAGACUUGUGGGAUAGGGCCAACUAUGGUGUUUGCCAAUGAUAUCUUGGAGAAAGACCCCGAAUUUGGGAUCAUAGGUUUAGUCCCUUGCGCGGCUGGAGGGACGAGCAUCGAUAAAUGGUUAUACAAUGAGAUGGUUAAAAGAGCGAGAAUAGCGGUGCAUGGUGGUGGAACAAUUAGAGCAAUUCUUUGGUAUCAAGGGGAAAGAGAUACAUUAACUUGGGAAGAAGCAAAGUCUUACAAGAGCAAAUUGGAGAAACUUUUUCAGGACUUGCGUAGUGAUUUGAACUCUCCAUUGCUUCCUAUUUUUCAGGUAGCCCUAGCUUCUGGACAAGGACCCUUUAUUGAGGGGGUGAGAGAAGCCCAGCUUGGAAUUAACCUUCCCAAUGUAAUAACUGUAGAUGCUUUGGGCCUACCUUUGGAGAAAGAUGGGCUACACCUUAGUACUCCAGCCCAAGUUCAACAUGGAUAUAAAUUGGCUGAUGCAUUUUUAAAAGAGAAAUAUAGUUAA